UGCUGCUGGCGGAGCGAGUUCGCCCCGGCCGCAGCAUGGGAGGGACCCGGCCCGGGUUCGCCUUCGCCCGCCAGCUCAGGAGGCAUCCCGGACUCAUUCCCCUCAUCGGCUUCAUCGGUCUCGGCCUGGGCAGCGCCGCUCUGUACCUGCUCCGCCUGGCCCUCUGUAGCCCCGAUGUGAGCUGGGACAAGAAGAACAACCCAGAGCCAUGGAACAAACUGAGUCCAAAUUACCAAUACAAGUUCCUGGCGGUUUCCACCGACUACAAGAAGUUGAAGAAGGAUCGGCCUGACUUCUGAGGCCACCAUGGCGGGUCCGGGCGCCCCCCCGCCAGGCCUGGCUGCCCCCCGGCCCCCGCUUCCUGCUCAGGGCCCGCCUGGCUCCAUCACGCUGCCUGAGAUGAUGCUGCCCGGCCCUGGCCGCGCCCUGACACCCCGGCGAUGGGCACCACCCCGUGCACUGCAAUAAAACCCAAGGGCCACACAA